AAGGCUGUAUAUUUUUGUAUUUAUACAAAAAUGCCCUCCAGCAAUCCUUUGCCACCCAAAGAAAAUGCCUUGUUUAAACGAAUUCUGAGGUGUUACGAACACAAACAAUAUAAAAAUGGGAUAAAGUUUGCAAAGCAGAUUUUGUCGAACCCUAAAUUUAGCGAACAUGGAGAGACCUUGGCGAUGAAAGGUCUCACCCUGAAUUGCUUGGGUCGCAAAGAAGAAGCCUAUGAUCAUGUACGGAGGGGCCUCAGGAAUGAUUUGCAAUCUCAUGUUUGUUGGCACGUUUAUGGACUUCUGCAACGCUCGGAUAAGAAAUAUGAUGAAGCUAUCAAAUGUUAUAGAAAUGCGCUUAAGUGGGACAAGGAUAACAUUCAAAUUCUUAGGGAUUUAUCGUUGCUUCAAAUUCAAAUGAGAGAUCUAGAGGGUUAUAAGGACACAAGAUAUCAAUUGUUUAUGCUACGUCCUACACAGCGUGCUUCAUGGAUCGGUUUCGCUAUCUCAUAUCAUUUAUUAAAAGACUAUGAAAUGGCACUUAAGAUUUUAGAUACAUUUAGGAAUUCUCCAAUGAUCUGUUAUGAUUAUGAACACAGUGAAUUGUUGUUGUAUGAAAACAUGGUUAUUCAAGAAUCAGGAGAAUGCGAACAAGCAUUGAAACAUCUCGAUAAAUAUAGUGAUCAAAUUUGUGAUAAAGUUACUGUGAAAGAAACUUAUGGUAAAUUAAGAUUACAGUUAAAACAAUACGCAGCAGCAGCACAAGUUUAUAAGGAGCUAUUAAAUAUAAAUCCAGAAAACACAACUUACUAUGCUAGGUUAGCAGAGGCUGAAAGACACGCUAAUCCCGAAGAAACAUUAGCUAUGCUCCAAAGAUACGAAGAACUGUUUCCUAGAGCGCUAGCGCCGCGUCGCUUGCAACUAAAUUAUGCUGUAGGAGAUGAAUUUAAAUCAUUAGUUGAUCGGUACUUACGAAGAGGUCUUCAUAAAGGUGUACCACCUUUGUUUGUAAAUCUUCGUUCCCUAUAUAGUGAUCAACAGAAAGUUGAUAUUAUACAGUCUUUAGUUUUGGAAUAUAAAGAAGCUUUAAAGGCUCACGGACAUUUUACCGAUCAAGAAAAGGAUAAUCCACGUGAGCCAGCUUCGGCACUGUUAUGGACUUACUAUUAUUUAGCACAACAUUACGAUCAUCUCGGAUUUACGGAAAAAGCACUAAAUGAAAUUGAUGCUGCCAUAGAACAUACUCCUACGCUUAUUGAACUUUUUGUUACCAAAGGUCGCAUUUAUAAGCAUGCUGGUAAUGUUCAAGAAGCGUAUAUAUGGUUGGACGAAGCACAAGGAUUAGAUACUGCAGAUCGAUAUAUUAAUUCCAAAUGUGCCAAGUACAUGUUGCGUGCAAAUCUAAUUAAAGAAGCCGAAGAGACAUGUGGAAAGUUCACCAGGGAAGGAGUGUUAGCCAUGGAAAAUCUGAACGAGAUGCAAUGCAUGUGGAUUCAGACAGAAGCAGCCAAUGCUUAUAAACGUCUUGGAAAAUAUGGCGAAGCACUGAAGAAAUGUUACGAAGUCGAUAGGCACUUUUCCGAAAUCAUAGAAGAUCAGUUUGACUUUCAUACCUAUUGUAUGAGAAAGAUGACCUUGCGAUCUUACGUAGGUCUUUUAAGGCUAGAAGAUGUGCUUCGAUCUCAUCCGUUCUACUUUAAAGCAGCGCAGUGUGCAAUCGAAGUUUACUUACGACUGUUCGACGAUCCUCUUCCCGACCCAACGCAAGCGCAGGAAAUCGACACCGAGAACCUGGCGCCGUCAGAGUUGAAGAAAUUAAGAAAUAAGCAGAGAAAACAACGCAGAAAGGCUGAACUGAAACGACAACAGGCUGCUCAAGCACAAGAGAAAAGGGAACAGCACAAUAAGUCUCGACAACAAACUGAUCCUGAUUUAGAGCAACCCACAUUAGAUGAACUUAUAGCGGAGAAACUGGAAAGGGUCGAGAAUCCAUUGGAGCAGGCAAUCAAAUUCUUAAAACCUCUGCAAGAACUGGCAUCGGACAGAAUAGAGACGCAUCUCAUGGCGUUUGAAAUUUAUCAUCGUAAAUGUAAAGCGCUGCUGAUGCUCAGGUCGAUCAAACGUGCCCACAAGCUAGACCCAAAUCAUCCCGAUCUUCACACGUGUAUAGUAAAUUUUAUAUUAUACAUUAGCCACUUAGGGUUGGAGAAGGUAGUGUACGAGGUGGUGAAACGGCAAACGGCUGGUAUCUACUCAACUUCGAACACGAUGGUCUCGACGCUCGUCCAGUUCAACGCGGAAUUUUUGAAGAGGAAUCGAAACUCGCUACCGCAUCUGCUGCAAGCUGCAAAGGUCAUUGAUUUCCUGGACUUGCCGUCUGUCCACGAGGAGACAGCCCUCUCUCUGGUGACGAACAUCGAUAACCUUGAAGGAGUUACGCUAGAGAAUUGUACAAAGGUGCUGGAAUCGAUGCGCAACGGUGACUUCGGCGAUUGCGAUACGGCGAUAGCCGAUUUCAUGGCGAAAUGCCAUAAACGUUUCCCGUACGCGACGGCCUUUCGACCCCCGGAAACGAAGCCGACAACCAAUCACCAGGAGACAGAGAAUUCCAUCAAAAACUGAUCCAGGCACGCGCUGUCCAGCGUCACUGAACUGCUACGUAGUUAGACGAGGUAAUGGCGUGGAGGGGCGUGGAGCAUUUAACGGGGAUCCACGUUGAAAUUCGUCGAAUGGAAACGUACGAUGUAACACACACGGGGGAGACACGAGUGAAGGAAAGCGAAAUUGGCGGAUUUAAUUAACGAUUAUCACACAUGUAUUAUAUAUGUACACGAACCGUUCCUGGAAGGUUUCACGUAGUGCGAGAGGGAAACACAGUGCUGGAACAGUGCUGGAUAAACAAUCUUUAAUAAAUUAUACAUACGAAGGGGCGCGGGAACAGUGCCUCCGAUUAACAUGGUCCCGAAUUUUAGGUGAACGAAGAAAAGAAUGGCUUAGCUAAUAUUAAUUAACAAUUGGAACCGAUAGAAUUAACUCUGCUGGCCGCGGAGCGACAACGCUGAAACGGAAUGAUCAACGACGAAGUGUGAAAUGUUUUUAGUGCUACAAGGUUCAAGGGAGGGCGGUUGAGAGGAGCGGGACGGGAAAAGUACAGUGUGUAAAUUAUAUAUGACGUGCGAAACUAACACAUUGGUACAAAAUACAAGACUUGUAUACAUUCAUAUGCGCGCUCUAUGGAUAUUUCUACUUGAUGUUAAAGUGUACUAUUUUCAGCGAUGUCCGCAUUAAACACUCUACUGUGUAGAGUUUGGAAAACUAAGACGAUCAUCGAGCAACCGAUAUAUAAUUGUACCGCGCAUGUUCGUCGCUACAUUCGAAUAGACUUUGUUCCGAGUCAUGUACUAUCUCUUCUAGUUCACUCCAUUCGCGAACCGUUUAUUAGGGGUGUGUAGAUCGUCCCGAGUCCCGAAAAACCGAUCUUCGGGACUGGAUAGAAAACUUACGGCGAGACUGGAUAAAACCCUAUGAUACCCUAAUGUACUCUUCGAUGCACUCUGGUUCUUUUGCAUCGAAUGCACGAUUAGAAUUCUCAUUCGUUUCUACGUAUCUCGGUUAAUUUCUAAAUUCGAAAAUUUCUUGUUUCUAUGUUCCUAACUUAUCAAAUUUCUAUAUUUGUAAAUUUGAAAUUUGAAAUUUUCUUCGCGUGAAGUCCAUGUAAAGAAGAAAUUCUAACUCCGUUUUUAAGAAAUAUAUAAUUAACCAAUUGUAUGUGUCUCAUUGAUAUACAGAAUACAAAUUCAUGAUAACAUGGUUAGAAUGCUACUUAGAUAUCUACCCAUCACUCCUCUAAACAAGGAUCUCGAAAUUCGCUCGAUCUCGCUCGAAGUUUUCCCUCCCGUCCCGGUCUUGAAAACACGGGAUCCUGCACACCUCUACCGUUUACACGAAGUGAACAUACGAUCAUAACAUUUUUCCUUCUAGAAACACUAAUUUUAUUUCCGCGUUCGAAUCCAGGGUAAUGAUCUGCGUUUGGAUUGGAGCCCUGAUAAUUCCAUCGAGAAUAGUCAAUAACGAAGUAGUGUCCAUUUGCGAAAGUCCUUGUGAAAGUUACUGAUAAGAACAAUAAAGUGCGUAUUGUAUACGCAAAUUACCAAAGUAUAUGAUAAAUUGAAAACAAUGAGUGUCGAUAGCAAAAAGAACAAAUAUCAUACAUCUGUAUGUGAACGGAUCACAAAAAUUUUAAUAAAAAGUAUCGUUACAAUUUACCGGUAAAACUUGAACCAUGUUAUAUGCUUACCUCGUUUAUUUUUUCGGAAAUAAUGAUAGAAGUUGUACACUUUUUUGAAACCGUAAAAGAAUGCAUUAUCAUACAGACACUACAAAUUAGUGAUAAUGUUUGUAUAUAUUUCAACUAUUACUUUAAACAAUACAUGUAUGUACACAUAUUUCGUAUCUUAUUUAAGUCAAUAGAAUAUAAUUUACAAUUGAUACUAUGGCAUCGUUGAAUAAAAUUCAUUGGAAGGCCACUUAAUUUGUAAUCAUAAAAAUAAGAUUUUUGCAUUAGUAAUGGCAAUGUAAUAUUUAAAGUUUCCAUUCACUCGCAAAUUAGUACACCAGAUACAAAUUUACUAUGUAAUUAAAAGUCAAUCGAUGGAAUAAUCUAUCAGAAUAUAACAAAUACAGUUAUUGUUUCGAUAAAUACCUUCUGUAUAUGCAUGGAAUGUUUCUCAGGGCUAUGCAAAUAAUAUCGUAACGUAAGCGGUAACGUAAAUGUUCUGCUCAUUCACUGUAAUAUUAGCCAUUUGACCAUUAUACAGCGCAAGAAAAAGAAAUGUUAUCAUCAUACCUAUUUAUCGAUAUACACACUUUCUCGUGCAAAUAGCAUUCAUUCCUAAUACAUAUUUAACGUACAUUAUUCACAUUGUACCAAGUUUCCGACCAUGCAUCUACCGAAGUGUGCUGUUAAUAACAAUAAUAAAAUGUUAUUAUUUUAUUCAGCUAUUUCUGCAGGCUACUUUAUCUUUCAAAAGAUACGCAUAUUGGAUGCUCCAAUCUUUAUCGAAGGUUGUUACCUAAGUAUACAAAUUUCUAUUUCUCUCAUAAGUAUCAAAACUUAAAAAAACGAAUAAAUAAUGCUGAGUAAGGA